GAGGGGAGGGGGGUACCUGCUACUGGGCUCCUACUCACUCAUACUCAGACAGACGGACCUCUCCACGGGAGAAACAAACAUAUCCCAAAAUACAGCUGCUUAGAAACCCACCAGUCUCCCACGCGUGAAGACAGACUCCAGUGAAGAAGGAGCUGCGGAAAGAGAAGUGGGAGCAGAGACAGACAGCUGGACAAAUAACACCAAGGAUUUGUGGCUUCGCACGUGGACCAAAAGCUCGUCUAAACACGCCGGAAAGAUUGUACCCCUUCAUCCAAGUUGACAGCUUUUCACUCCUGCCUAUACCAAAAAUGAAUACCAAGAUAAUCAUCAACAAGGACCUCUUUUCUCCUCACAAUGAAAGGUUGCUUGCUGUGGUACAAGUCAAGCGGAGAACGAAGAAAAAGAUUCCUUUCUUGGCAACUGGUGGUCAGGGAAAUUACUUGACGUAUAUCUGCCUCUCAGUGACCGAAAAGAAACCGUUCCGCGUAUCCAUCACUAAAGUAAAGCAGUUCUACGGACAAUCUGAUUUUGUAAAAAGGUCACAGUGGACGAUUGAUCAGCUACAGCAGGUCAAUGGCAUGGACUCUAGCAAAGACUGUCCAGAGUUUGACCUCAGCUUUGAUAACACUGUGGACCAGUGGGUCGCCUCUUCAGCAGGAGAUAAGUGCACCUUUAUUCAGGUUCUCCACUACUCCUGCCAACGUUACUGCUCAGAGAAGAAACCCGAGUUUGUCAACUGUCAAGCUAAACUGCUUGGAGAAAGCCAAGCAGUAGAUUCAGUCUUUUUCCGUUGCAAGGUGUAUUUGAACAGAAUGAAGAAAGAAUUUAUGUCACAUCACGGUCAUCUUCUAAGACAAGGUAACAGCAUCCUGCACUCGGCUGCAGACAGCGUGACGAGCGCGGUGCAGAAGGCCAGCCAAGCUCUGAACGAGCGCGGCGAGCGAUUAGGUCGGGCUGAGGAGCGGACUGCUGACAUGAUGAACAGCGCCGAACAGUUUGCUGUCACAGCACACAAGCUCGCUAUGAAGCACAAGUGUUAAACCACUGCCAAAACCAACCGGUCCUGGUGAGGGGUGGGUUCGGGGUAGUUGUCAGUCGCCUGUCGAUGCACAGGAGGAUUCCAGAGGUUCUUUUAUUUCAUUUUAUGAGAGAUAUGAUUAAUAUUUGUUAACAUGUUAAUAUUUUUGGGCUGUUGCACUACUGCAAUUCAUUCCUAAUGAUGGUGAUGCAUCACGCACAAUGGUGGAAGAGGGGUAAGCAAUGCUCCUACAAACUAGCAGCAACAUGUCCCAUGUUUCUAUUUGCCAAAACAAAUUCAGAUGUUGUUUUAACCCUCAGUGUACUUAGUUUUUUCAUGUGGUCAGAGAGAAAUGUUACUAGACUGAUUUUAAGACGAGAAACAACUCGUUUCUGAUUAUAAAGUAUUAUUUUUGUGUACUUUGCUGAUUAUUCUUUAGUUUUUCUGGGCCUGCCAUUAAUGCAUUUAUUAAGCCAAAGUUUUAACUGCAAAAACAUUCCUUUAUCAAAUUAAACUCUAUUUCUUCUUCAUUGCGCUCAGAUUUUAGCUUGUUUAUAUUUGGUACAAGAUUUGAAGUUACCUAAACAUUAUUAGUAAUAAAAAAAGCAUUUUUAUUUAGUUUGUCUCACUUCGUGGGCUGCAGGAUAUAAAGAUGAUGAAUAUUUUUGUUUUAUGUCAUUAAGAAAUAUGUGCCAACUUUUUUGACGUAUACUUGAAACCCUUAAACCUGAUUUAUGAUUACAUUGAGUACACAGAAUAUUGCAUAAUGUUAUGGGGAGAGGAAGCAGCUCAGUAAACUGCACUGAAAAAAGCAAACUUGUAAUGGUAUAAUCCAAAUGUCUGUUGAGCUAAUGGGGCGUUUUGAAAUGGAUUCUUCCUGUUCAGUCGUCUCACUUUGUGCUUUCUUGUAUUAACGGAGGUGGUUGGUAUCAAACGUGUUUGCUGACACAGUGCUAAAAGUCUGCAGCAGAAGCUUGUGAUAGUUCUUCCUUUUCCUCUCCUCACUGAUAUUCCAUCUUUGGCUUCCUCACCGAUAGAACCCCAUUCUCACACUUCAAAUGUAUUUGAUCCUCUUUUUUUGUAUAUAUAUAUAUAUUUUAAUUUUCUAAGUCAUAAUGUGACAAUUCACAGAGAACCUUUUAUCACUGAACAGUUUACAAUGAAAUGUUCCAGUUGCCUAAUUCUUUGUGUGCUUUCAUUUUUUUCCUGUAACACUGAGGAUGUUUGUUGUUUUAAUUCAAACAAAUAAUGGUGUUUUUUUCUUUUUUUUACCAUUAUUAUUCUUAAUGUAAUUUUUGCAGCGUGCUUUAACAGUCCCACCAAACAAAGUUGUGCUUUUGUUAUGGUACACAUCUGUUUCAGAUGUUCCGCAUCCAGAAGCAAGAGGUGCCAUCGGCUUUAAACGUCGCAAGGGUCAAAAUGUCACGUUCUGUAUUUGAUAUGUUCAAUAUCAAUCACUCAUCACUGAUCUCUGCUCCACACAGCUGUUCAAUAAAGUCUAUUUCACUACCAA